UCAACUUGCUGAACUGAAACUAAAGUAGAGAGACACAGUAUAUUGUGUACAGGACCAAACUCUCCAGCACUUCAUACAUCUAUUAAACAGCAAUACAUUCAGACUAUACUCUGACUCUCCUAUCCUUUGACACCACAAACAGAAAGGACAAAGAUAUCAUCCACGAAAACAUACAGAUAUGGCCACCUCCAGCAGUCUCCUUUCUGAAGAACAGUUCCUGUGCUCUGUCUGUCUGGAUGUGUUCACUGAGCCAGUCUCUAUUCCAUGUGGACACAACUACUGCAAGGCCUGUAUCAGUGGAUACUGGGAUACCAGUGACCUGUGCCAGUGUCCAAUGUGUAAAAAAACAUUUGAUAGGAGACCAGAUCUGUUUGUCAAUACUUUCAUUUCUGAGAUGGCUGCUCAGUUCAGACAGACAGUUGAAGUUAAAGCUACCAGCAGCCCACACCAAUGCCCUGACAUAAUUGUAGAAUUGUCCUGUGACAUCUGCACUGGGAUGAAGGUCAAGGCCCUGAAGUCCUGCCUGGUGUGUCAGACCUCUUACUGUGAGACUCACCUUGAGCCUCAUCAGAGAGUCCCAGCCUUAAAGAGACACAAGCUGAUCAACCCUGUGGAGAACCUGGAAGACAGGAUGUGUAAGAAGCACGACAGACCUCUAGAGCUGUUCUGUAGGACUGACCAGACUUGUGUGUGUCAAUUCUGCACUGAGACAGACCACAAGACUCAUGACACUGUCCCUAUAGAGGAAGAGUAUGGAGAGAGGAAGGCUCAGCUGAGGACGACUGAGGCAGAAGUUCAGCAUAUGAUCCAGAAACGACUGCAAAAGGUUCAGGAGAUCAAACACUCAGUAGAUCUCAGCAAGAGAGAGGCAGAGAGAGAGAUAUCAGACAGUGUACAGGUCUUCACUGAUCUGGUGCGCUCCAUUGAGAGAAGCCAGGCUGAGCUCAUUGAGGUGAUUGAGGAGAAGCAGAAAGCAGCAGAGAGGCAGGCUGAAGGGCUCAUUAAAGAGCUGGAGCAGGAAAUCACUGAGCUACAGGGGAGAAGCACUGAGCUGGAGCAGCUCUCACACACUGAAGACCACCUCCACCUCCUACAGAACUUUCCAUCCCUCUGCACCCCUCCACCCACCAAGGACUGGUCUAGGAUCAGUGUUCACAGUGAUCUGUGUGUGGGGACUAUGAGGAGAGCUGUGUCUCAGCUGGAGGAGACUCUUAUAAGUAUAAUGAAAAGCCUGUGUGUUGAUCUGUGUGUUGGUGCUGAAUUUAAGAGGAUUCAGCAGUAUGCAGUGGAUGUGACUCUGGACCCUGAUACAGCACAUCCCAAUCUCAUCCUGUCUGAGGAUGGGAAACAAGUGAGAUAUAGAAACACACAGACAUAUCGUCCUAAUACCCCAAAGAGGUUUGAUGAAAGUGUAAAUGUCUUAGGAAAGAAGGGUUUCUCUUCAGGUAGAUUCUACUAUGAGGUGACAGUUAAGGGGAAGACUGACUGGGAUGUAGGAGUGGCCAGAGAAUCCAUUAACAGGAAGGGGAAUAUCACACUGAGCCCUAAGAAUGGAUACUGGACUGUCUGGCUGAGGAAUGGAGAACAGUACAAGGCUCUUUCUAGCCCCAGUGUCCUGCUCCCCCUGAGAGAGAAGCCCCAGAAGGUGGGGGUGUUUGUGGAUUAUGAGGAGGGUCAGGUCUCCUUUUAUGAUGUGGAGGCCAGGUCUCAUAUCUACUCUUUCACUGGCUGCACCUUCAAUGAGAAACUAUAUCCAUUCUUCAAUCCAUGUCUUAAUGAUGGUGGUAAAAACUCUGCCCCUCUGAUCAUCUCUCCUGUCAACGACAGACUGAGUUUUAAUCUGAAAAUCUAACUGGCCAGCAAAAUAAAUACAUUUUAAAAUAGUAAUAAUCUGUUGUCAUACAUCACAAUUAAUGCCUCCAAGACAUGCCUCCAAGACAUGCUAACCUCUCACCUCUCACUCAUCCUUAUUCACGAUUCAUUCAGGAUUAUCUGUCAUAAUGGUAGCAUCCACAUUAAUGUAAAAGUUUUUAAAAACCUAUUCUAUUCUUUUAUAAGUGACUCCAAAAUGACACAAUACAUUAUUUACAAAUUAAUUUAUAUUUGGUACAAAAUAAUCUGAAACGCAACCAAAACAAACAGCAAAUGGAUGUAACAAAUGUGUAGAGUUACAAGUGUGAUGUAGUCAUUGUGUGCUAGGAAUAUGGGACCAAAUACUCAACUUUUUACUACUCUAAUACACAUAUAAGUGAAUUUGUCCCAAUACUUUUGGUCCCCUAAAUGGGGGGACCAUGUAUAAAAAGUGUUGUCAUUUCUAAAUGGUGAAACCAGUAUGUACACAAAUACCCUUAAAUAAAAGCAGAGAAUCUAUACUUUAACCUCAUAGUAAUAGUUUUGAGUUCAAAUACAAACUAUUGGAGUAUAGAGACAAAAUAAGAAGAAAUGCUUCACUAUCCCAAUAAUUACGGAGAGCUCUGUAUAUAGUAAUAUACAUUUUUUGUUCUGAAAAUUUGGGGGUGCAAAUAAAACCACCCGCGGGCCAAAUUCUGCCAUUUGGGGCCCCUGAUGUAGAGAAUCUAGUUUCAGGCGUUUCUUUUACGUGUGUGUGUGUGUGUGUGUCAGUGUCACACUAUUGGCCCCGCUCUGCUGGAUUCCAUUUUCUCCCUACGUUCCUGCCAGGAGCACCUCUGUGUUACACGGCGUGUGAGGGAUUAUUCCUUCCUGGGAAUCCUGCAAAUUAAUCUUAAUCACCGUGGAAACAGGCUAGUGGAACAUAUAGGGAGGGAGGGAGGGACAGAUCCGGAGAUGGGAAUUCAAGAAGUUGCUCUGAUUGGGAUGUGGUGGUGUCAUUCAGUGAAACAGAGGUUCUGUUCUCUUGUUUUAUAUAGCUAUUGUAUUUCAUCAUAACUGUGUGUUGUUGUGUGUGUCUGUAAGCCUGUGGAUUGACGGUAGCAGCAGCACUGGUCUGAGCACCCAGACCUCUACUAGCCUAUAAUUAGUCUGUGGUGGACAUUGUUUUGAGCCCAAAUGGACUACAGAGACUGAUAAUAAAUGCAGUGAGAGAGUGAGUGUGUCAGCCAGCAAAGCAGUUACCCUGCCAACUGCAGUGCUUCUAUUCUGGGGCAUGGGCACAAAAUGGCUGCCGUUACUCACAGGAUGUAAAUUACAUCUGCCUUGAGACAGUCUUGAGAUGCAGGUCCAUGGGUGUAGACAGUGGUGCGGGAGCAGUUUUUUGUAAAUGACGUCAUAAUUUCCUCAAAGUUUGUACCGACAGAUGUAGACAAUUGAUUAGCCUGUCUUGGUUGAUGCAUUUCAAUUGCAACGUCUGCCUAUGCCCACUCAUAUUUCCUCAAGAAAAUGUUCCAUUUUUAAUACCCUCAAACAUAUAAUUAGGAAUAGGCUACCUGAAGUCAAAAUAAGCCACCAUCAUUGUCAGUCAUUUAACCGGUGAAACGUCCAAACUGCAUCUCCAAGUCAGCCAUUUGAUGGAUCUCAAUGAGUUUCAUGGGAAUAUGAAUGUAGAUCUUCUUGAAUCACUGUUUUGUGAGUGAAUUAGAACAGAUGGUGUUAUCACACUUAGCCUUUCUAGUGGUGCCUAGUGGUGCCUAGUGGUGCGCUCUGAGUUUUGGCACAUGACAUUUUCUUUUAUGACUUUUCAGCUUCAGCUAACCAUCCUAACCAUCAAAAUCUCACA